AUGAGCAGAAAGCAGGUGCCGGUGUCAAUCCAGUUUCAAGAAUUAGGUCUACUCCUGGCCGAUGGCCGCUCAGUCCUGGACGGUGUCAGUGGGAGCUUCCUUCCUGGCCGAAUGGUGGCCAUCAUGGGCCCCUCUGGCGCUGGCAAGACCACCUUUAUGAACGUGCUUUGUGGGAAGGCAACCUAUGGUGAGAUGACUGGGCAAGUGACCUUCAAUGAUGGUCAGCUCGACCUGCCGACCAUGAAGCAGGGCAUGGGCUUUGUCCCACAGGACGAUAUCGUCCAUGAGCAGCUCACCGUUCGAGACUCGGUGGAAGGGGAGGGAGCUGAUCGGAGAGAAAACAUUUUCUUUUCGGCGAAGCUGAGAAACCCAUAUGAUGCGCCGGACGCCUUGUUGGAGGAGGUCGUGGAAGAUGUUCUCAAUGUGAUGCAGAUGACUCACAUUCAGGGUAGUGUGGUGGGUGGAGUAGAGGAGCGGGGCAUCAGUGGCGGCCAACGGAAGCGUGUGAACAUUGGCCUGGAGUUGGCCGCCCGCCCGACGGUGCUCUAUUUGGAUGAGCCCACUUCUGGACUGGACAGCACGUCCUCCUUGCAGGUCAUCAACUCCUUAAGCAAAAUGGCUCGCUUGGACAUGACCAUUGCAAUGGUCAUUCAUCAGCCGCGGUAUCCCCUCUUCAGCUUGUUUGAUGAUGUUUUACUGCUGGGGCCUGGAGGUCGUACUGUCUACCUGGGGCCAUCGCAGGGGGCAAAAGGUUACUUCACCUCCCUAGGAUUCGAGAUGCCCGACUCGGAGAACCCAGCAGAUUGGCUCAUGGAUGUCUUGUCUGGAGUGGUGCCCAAUGACCAGCUUUCAGACUUCCGCCCGGCUAUGCUCUUUGACAUUUGGAAGUCCAAGAAGGACUCCAUCAACAGGGAUCAAGUCCGAAGAAGCCUCACGGCUUUGGAAGAUUCGGCCGUGUUGGUGAAUGCCAUUGAGGAAGAGUGGGCCAAGAUCGACAAAGACUCCUCGGGCAGUAUGGAUGCCAAAGAGUUGUCGCUCCUCUUGCAGACCUGCGGCGAGAAACAGCCGCACCCAGAGGCCGUGUCCGAGAUGCUUCGGCAGAUCUCGGGAGGCAAAGACUUCGCCACCAAGCAGGACAUGGUGACCUUUGUCCAUCGCCUCCGUACCUCCGACCCAACCAGCGCCGGUGGCGGCGGCGGCACGGGCAUGGCGGCGCCGGCGGCGGUGGAGGAAACGCAGCGGCUCCUGACGCGGCAGCCAGGGGAGGCACCUACAGAGGGCAGACCCUUGCCACGCUUCACUUUGCCCCGGCCGGGCUUUUGCCAACAAUGUGGCAUCGUUCUGCAGCGGCGCUUUGCAAUGUUCAUGCGGGAAACCUGGCGUCGCAUGGUGGACCUGGGCUUGGUCUUCCUUUGCUCCUCGGGCAUCGGCGUGAUGCACCGAGGCGGCAACGGCGCCAACUCUUUGGACCUGCCAGGCAACCUGCACAUGUUCUUCAUCGGCCUGGCCCUGCUUUCAGCGGUGUCCUCCCUCAAAGUCUUCGGGGAGAACCGGCCCAUGUUCUGGCGUGAGAGUGCCAACGGCAUCAGCGUAGGCGCUUUCUUCACAGCACGUGCCUUAGGAAACGUCUUUGACGUGCUCUUGCUUGGUAGCACCUAUGUCUUGAUCUACUUUAUCUUGACCAGGCCUCCAGUGCCCUACAUGGACUACUUCAUUCCUGGCCUUUUAGUGGCUUUUGCAGCUGCGAGCUGGGGAUAUUUGAUCUCUGCAGUGAUUCAGCCACACAAUGCCACGACGGCCACGGUGAUGUUCGUCCUGGUGGGUUGCGGAAUCCUGGGCAACCCCUAUCGGACGACUGAUUUGAUGGAUGGAGGGGCCAAAGAGAUUCUGCUCUCUCUGUCCUUGAAUCGCUGGGCCUUGCCUAUGUGCUUGUCCGCCACCAUUGAGUCCGCCCAAAGCGAGUCGUUGUGUAUCGAUGUGAAUGUCCUCUUGGCGCACCAGGUUUACCACAAUGAGAUGUCACACGGGAAGUACACUUUGUGGAACCAGGGGGUCUUGGCUUUGUCCUGCACCACCCUGGUGGUCACGCUCCUGGCCUUCCUAGGGCUGAAAUUCACCAACCGCAGCAAGCAGGUGUGA